AGCUGCGGCAGUCUAGUCCUGGAGGUGGUGACGCCGGCUAGUGUAGUGCCACCCUCACCCACCAGGCCUAAACAUCCCGGGUUAACCAUUACGUCACAGUGUUAUAUUAAUGUGAGAAAAUAGAAGGCAAGAUCUGAACUCAUCGUGUGUCUCUAGGACCUCAAACAUGCGGUACUUGAAGGUGUGGCCUGGGCUCUUGCUGCUGGGGCUGGGUCUUCUUGCCCACCUGGUUACCACUAGCCCACUACCCCAGAGUGACUAUUAUGACGAUAACUAUGCUGCUGACACUAAACCCGAGGCAAUAAAUGGAGGAUCAGAACCGGCAGUUGACCCAAAAACAGAGGCUGAGAUUCCUACAGACACGGAGACUGAGGUGAAGCUUGAUGAACCACUUGGAGAAUCUCUGCCCGCACCCGCUGAAGGAGAGGUCCUUGUUGGUGCCGCCGUAGACUCGCCUCCUGCUAUACCUGAUCCUGCCGAGGCAGUUCCUGGGUCUGCUGAAGACUCUGUAGAGGACGCGGGUCGGCCUCCCGCUGGAGAUACAGACGCCAUGUCGCCAUCAAACGUGGACACACCUGCAGGGGAUGAGGUUCUGGUUCCUGCUGAAGCUGAAGUCCUUGUGGAACCCAUCCUCGCUGAACCUGCUCUCUCAGUUGAUCCUGAAUCUCCUACUGAGCUCGAAGCUCCUGUUGGCCCAUCCCUAUCUGUCGGUCUUGAAACUCCUGUUGAAUCUGAACCUUCAUCUAUACCUAAAAUUUCUCCUAGAAUUAACCUUGUUAUUGAACCUGAAAACUCCACUGAUGUUGAAAAAUCAAUCGACCUUGAACCUGGCACGGAACCUACUAAAAGAACAGAGAAUAAUGCCACUGAAGGAUCUGUAGCCUCUGAGUCAGCUAGAACUGAUCAUCCUCCUAAAGAAAACAUCCUGCUAAAUCUUGAUGAGAGCUGCACCCAUCCUCCUGAUACGGAACUGUGUCGCGGCCACUUCCCUAAGUUUUACUUUGACCCGGCCUCCAAGACCUGCCGCAAUUUCGUGUACGGUGGGUGUCGCGGUAACAAGAACAUAUACAAGACUGCUGCCGACUGCUAUGCUAAGUGUUACCCCGCCCAUCUCACCAAACACUCACAUGCGGUGCGAGGCAGUGUGUCAGAGAAGAACUACCUGGCACUCAAAGGCGGCACCUCAGUCUCCACCCUCACCUUUGUCGGCAACAACGCCGCCGCCAGAGUCGACGAUCAGGCGCUCACACAGUUCUCUAUCAACAAUAUCUAUCAGUUUGAGUUCGACUUCAGGACCGACUCUCCGCACGGACUCAUCGCCUUCCUACGUCAGGUGACGGUGCCUCCCGAGCUGCAAGGGACGAGGAUCCAGCUCUACAUUUACCUCAAGAGGGGUCACCUCUCCCUCACCCACGUCUUCGGUAACAAUUCUGAGACGUUCAUCAUGAAUAAAGGUGGACUGCAGGAAGGGAGCUGGCACAACGCUUUGGUAAUGGUGGACGCUACAAGGGGACACCUGAUAAUGGAGGUGGACGCCAGCCAGGAGGACUUCACUAUCAACAGCCUCGUGAACUUCCCGAGCUACACCAGCGGCAACGCUCUCCACGGGUUCUCUUCUAGACUAUGGAUCGGUGGUGUGUACAAGGGAGAUCUAGAGAAGGAGGAUGCUGUGGCGGGGUUCCUGCCUUACCACGGGUGUCUACGGGACGUGAGUGUGUUGAGUGGGGUGACCUCCGAGGACAUGGCAUACGUCAAGCCCCUUUUCACCUCCAAGCACUUCGGCGUGAGGGAACACUGCGGCGACAACUGUCAUGACCGCCACCGUAACCUGUGUUCGCCAUCCUCCCAGUGUGUGGAGCACUUCGACCACAGCACCUGCAAAUGCUUCAACAGUGGACAGGACGGCAGGCGCUGUUCCAACCCAGAUCUGCCAGUGUUAACCCUGAACAAUGACGGCUAUGUGGUGCACCGCCUCUACGAGUGGAUGGAUCGCGUCCAUUCCUCCAACAACUUUAUCUCCCUCGAGUUCAAGUCCAGGUUCGGUGACUCCAUCCUGUUCUACGCCUCGGCCGAGCACCCGGAGAAACAGUACAUGGGCGCUACCCUUACUGCCUCCGGCCGCGUCUACGUUGAGGCUGACUUCGGUGGAGGGAAGGUGGGGACUGAGAUAGGAGAGGGCUUAGACUCUGGAUUGUGGUUUCUCCUCACCAUCAUCCACCAACACGACCAGCUCCAGAUCUACCUUGACGGGAAGCACGAGGAGACACUCACCGUGCCAGGAGAGGUUCACUACCUGCACCUCGACCCGGAUUUAUACAUCGGUAACGCUCCAGGCCUCGCCAGAAAGUGCGGACUAGCAGUAGACAGAGGCCACCAUGAGGGCAAGGCGUGUCACGAUCAGCUCAAACGCUACUACUACGACGUUCCCUCUGCCUCCUGUUUACCCUUCAACUACACCGGCUGCGGCGGCAACGACAAUAACUUCUCCGGCCACUGCUCCUGCAUGGACGCCUGCUACACACCAGGUCUCAGGUCUCUCAACACCUUCCUGGGGUGUAUGAGGAAAGUCUUCUUCAACGACAUCAGCAUCCUGAAUCAGCUGAGGGAGGGCAACAAAACCACGCGUUACUUCGGCGUGACGCAGAACCCACCUGUUUCCAGCACCUGCAAUGAGAACGGGAUGGUGCAGGUAACACUGUCGACGGAGAAAGCCAGCAUUAACCUUACCAACCCCAAUCCUACCAACUUCCGCAUCAUCGUGUCCUUCAGGCCCGUCAGGUCACAUGGUGUCCUAGCCUCUGGUCACGUGGACGUUCUCGACACCAAAACCAUGUGGGAGCUCCGUCACGACGAGCAUCACGUAUUCUUCUUUGUGCAUGACAACCUUGUCCACCUGAGGCCCAAGGAUAAGAUCAAGAUUGGCCAUUGGCAAUAUGUGGACGUGCGGUAUGAGAACAACCGCGUCACCAUGCGAGUCAACCAGGACACAAAAUCUACCAAGCCUCCGGGACCUCUCGCCUUCUCUUCUCGCUUGACCAUCGGAGCCCCAAUACUUGAUGCCUUCCCAGGUUUCAUCGGAUGUCUCCGUAAGUUGGAGGUGGGCGGGGAGAAGGUGGAUCUCCGAUCUGUGGUGGGCACAACGCUCGUCGACAAAGACGUCACCUUCGACAACUGUCAGGUGUUGGGUCCGUGCGAGAGGCCGGGGUCUUGUGAACAUGGUGCCUCCUGCACUGUGGUGGAUGACGACGUCCAGUGUGACUGUUCUGGCACUGGCUACACGGGCAAGAGGUGUCACUUCUCGCUGUACAAAAGAUCGUGCGAGCAAUACCGCCAGAUCGGCUACACCAACUCUGGCAUCUACAAGAUCGACGUGGAUGGGAAUGGUCCUCUGCCGGCUGCCUACGUUAAGUGUCGUUUCAGCGAGUUCACAGGAGAGACAGUAACGAUAGUGGAGCACAACCUCCCUGAGAACUACGAGGUGCGGAGACCACAUGUGGACAACGUGCAGGUACAGAUCCAGUACAGAGACUUCGCACCCAAUAUGUUCAAGUCACUUAUCAGCCAGUCCAACUCCUGCACACAAAAGGUAAGGUAUGAUUGCCGAAGGUCGCCCCUCCGUCUCUACAGCAGGACCUGGUUGUCUUCUCCAUCGAAGGAUUUCAUCACCAACUUCGGCGCAAAGGUUCCCGGACUGUGCAGGUGCGGAGAAGCGAAUUCAUGUGACGAGCUGGACGUGAUGUGCAACUGUGAUAUAGGAGACGGCCUCCCCAGGACGGACAAAGGCACGCUCAGGGACCCGGAACAUCUGCCCAUCACCUCCAUGGUGUUCCUGCAAGACCCGCGAGAGAAGGAGGACACUGAAGGCUUAAUUACUCUGGGUCCUCUAAAGUGCAUCAAGGAAGCUUCAGCAGAUCAGACGGUAAGCUUUACGAAGCCCGGCGGCUACCUAGAGGUUCCUGCGUGGCGCGAGGGAAGCCUUUUCCUAAGCUUCAAGACUACGACUAAGAAAGCGGUAAUCGCCUACCAACCAGCUUACCACCCCGCCCACGCUUCCUUCAAGAUCGCUCUCACUGGAGAUAAAGUGGUAGAGCUCACGUACACUUUCCGGGAAGAGACAUACCGUCACCGCCUGUCCACCAGCCGCCAUCUCAACACCGGCAGCUGGCAGCAGAUCCUCAUCGAUAUCCACGACCACCAGCUGCGUCUUGCCGUCAACUCUGACGAGGAAGUUAUCGACAUCGACCAAGACACCCGUCUUGGAGUUCUCGACGGAACUAUGUACCUUGGAGCUAUUCCUCCAGAACUACUGACGGACGAAGAUAAACAGGAGGGACUAGAGGGUCUAGUGGGCUGUAUCCGUGGACUCACUCUCAACGACGAGGUUAUAGACCUAAAGCCGUUCAUCAGGGUGUCUGCCCAUGGCGUCACUUACGGUUGUACACCCUCCUGUGACCCCAACCCCUGUAAGAACGGGGCCUCCUGUAUCGAAAAAUGGGGAACCUAUGAGUGCAUCUGUAAGAAUCCUCUCGCACACUCUGGGAAGAACUGCGAAAAUAACAUCAACGAGAAUGCCAUCACCUUCAUCACGGAGGUCUCCAAGUUCAAGUAUUUCGUUAACGACACAGAGAGCCUCGGGGAGCACAACCUACUCAACGAAAGCUUCCUCAUCAAUUUCCGAACCCACAUCAACAAGGGACUCAUCCUCUUCGCCUAUGAUUACCUGCAUAACUUCGUCCAGCUGUACCUGGCCGCAGAGAACGAGGUAGUUUUAAUCUUCAACAGCGGCCACGACGUCCAUAAGCUUGUGGUGACGGCUGAUGCUGGUGUGGUGUUCACCAAGGGUCAGUCGGUGCAGGUUUCAGUCGAGCGAUCCUUCGCCUCCACUAGUCUCCGAGUCUUCACUAACGGAGUUUUCUUUAACGUCUCCCUGGACGCUGGUUUGUUGCUCCUGCACGAGGAUGAAUAUAACCAGUUCCCCUUCGGCGAGAGUCGACCACUGCAUGAGAUAGUGUACUACCCACACUCCGUCACCAAGCCUAAGCCUUUCUUCCAGGCAUACAUGGGUUCAGCCACUGACAAGCAGCAUGAUGUUACGUCUGUCAUCCCUGGCUUGGUGGGCUGCAUCAGAGGACUCCAGAUCGGAUCCAGACCCGUUUCCCUCACCAAACUGAUCUCUAAAUCUAGUUUCCCAGUGGACGACAUCAAGGUUAACUGUUCGAUGGCCUGCGACCUCCGUCCCUGCCUCAACGGUGGCUUCUGUACCGAGGACUUCCAAUUCUACAACAACUUCCACUGUGACUGUGCCGACACCUCGUACUCAGGACCUACUUGUGCUACUGAGAUCGGGUACACGUUUUCUGGACGACAGUGGAUCAGCAAGGACUCAACUACCUCACCCAUCAAGGAAAACUUCAGGUUCGAGCUGGCCUUCUCCUCCUCCAAGAGACACUCAAACCCUCAGCUAGUUGCCCUCCUCAGGUCCACUGACGUUGACACGGCUCACGACUACUUGCUGGUGGCAAUUGAGCGUGACGGGUCCCUCCUGGUAGAGGCGCAGUUGUCGGACCUAAAUCAAGAAAUGGUUCUCGGUGCCAAGGAUAUCUCGCCAGACCACGAUUUUAGUGCCUUUGACGGCUACAGGCACUAUGUGAUCGUGGAGAAAACGGACAGUGGGAUGACGCUGAAGGUUGACAGGAAGGAGCACCAAAUAUUGCCACUUAAGAACAUCUACGUGAGCGAGACAGGUGUCAAGACCACGCCCACCGGCCUCUAUCUUGGCGGGGUGGAAGCUGGCGUCGACGACCGCCUCGGCCAAUACGAUAGUUUCCAUGGCUGUAUCUCCAACGUGAAAGUUCUGAGUCCUGACGGCGAGGCUCAGAUUCUCAAGCUGUACAAAGAGAACGACAUGCACUUCAAGAAUUACGGUAUCCCCGGUCUGGGCUCUUGUGCAGGGUUUGCAGGUGUGGGUGCCCCCAGUAUUCGCAUGACCUACAGCAACAACCUCAACACCUCGGCGGUGAUGGGUCCCGAGUGGGCGUUCAGGAUGGCUCAGAGGUUCACCUACGAUGUGGAUUACGUGGCCCCCUCUCACCCAGAGAGGGACACGCGCAUGGACGACGUGGUUCCGGCCGUCUCAGGGACCAUCUUCCUUCUCACCGCCAUCCUCAUCUUUGUGCUGCUCCUGAGGUCACACCAAAAGAGGAAGAAAACUAAGGCGCAUCAGAUGGACCUGGAGGAGCAACAACCACUAUUCAACGGCAGCAGGAGAACAAAAGUUUCCACACAAACAGAGAUGGUAUCGCUGAAAGCUGCGUCUGAUGGAGUUAAUCAAGCUGUCAAGGAAGAACCCGUCAAGGAUGUUGGUAUCAAACUGGAGGAAGUGCCGUUGAGGGAGACCCCAGAGGAGGUGGAGCAGAAGCCCGAGGUUGCCACCAAGCAGGAGCCACUCAACGGUGUGCAGGGUCAGCCUACAGGAGACACUAGCUCGGAGAGCAGCAUAGACUGCGUCAUAGACAUCAACGACUCGCCCACCUCUAGUCCUACGUCCCCCAAAAAAUCGAGACAUCCAGUCCUGGAGGAGGGAUCACCGUCAUCCACUAAGGUCCACACGGGAUCCAACAGCAUGCUCUUCAUCGACGAAGACGCCCCUACCGACGAGGAAUCUGAUGGUGAACCGAUGAUGCUGAGCUACCGUCUGCUAGCGACCGGAGACGAAGCAGUGGGAAAGAAGGAGGUAGACUUACAGAGGCUUGAGACUGCUCGUGAGGACAUGUCAGAGGUGCCACCUAAAGAAGAACAUAUACCAGACAAAAGAUAUCCCCAACUGGGUGACGAGGAAGUCCAGAGGAUUGUGAGAGAUGAGACGGAGGAGGAUAUUGAGGUGGUUGAUGACGAGGUCAAAGAGAAAGACGAUGGACAAGUAACAGGUGAUGGUGAAGAGGAGACGGAUGAUCAGACACAAGUGGAAGCUGAUAGUAAAUCUGGCUCCGAAGACGAGGUUGUCGAAAUUGAGGAAGAUGUUGACGAAGCUCUCGCUGUUCAAGGUGAAUUUGAAAUGAAAGACGACCCUCCUGAAACUGUGAUGGAGGCACAGCAAGACAUCACAGCAGACGACGAUAAAUAUCAACCUGAAGCUGAUGCAGGUGAAGAAGACCAGCUGGAAAUAACUGAGAGUCAGCCUGAACUUCAGUCGGAAGAAUCAGAAAGCCAGACUGAGGAGAAAGAGGAAGAUCUCUCGGAAGCUGUGAGGGAAGAAGAACCAGAGCGUCAAGUCAGCAGCGAUCAGUCGGAAGUAAGUAAUCAGUUGGAAGAGGAAACUAGUAGUCCAUCACAAGUUAACGAGGAUCAGUCAGAAAUUCCAAUAGAUAAUCAGCUGGAGAUCGGAGAUGAUCAGUCACAAAAUAAGGAAGAUGAUCAGUUGGAGAUCAGAGAAGGUCAGUCACAAAAUAAGGAAGACGGUCAGCUGGAGAUCGGAGAAGCUCAGUCACAAAAUAAAGAAGAUGUUCAGUCACAAGAUCAGGAAGAAGAUCAGCUGGAGAUCAGAGAGGAUCAGUCACAAGAUAAGGAAGACGAUCAUCUGGAGAUCGGAGAAGCUCUGUCACAAGAUAAAGAAGAUGAUCAGUCACAAGAUAAGGAAGAAGAUCAGCUGGAGAUCAGAGAAGAUCAGUCACAAGAUAAAGAAGAUGAUCAGUCACAAGAUAAGGAAGAAGAUCAGCUGGAGACCAGAGAAGAUCAGUCACAAAAUAAGGAAGACGGUCAGCUGGAGAUCGGAGAAGCUCAGUCACAAGAUAAAGAAGAUGAACAGUCACAAGAUAAGGAAGAAGAUCAGCUGGAGAUCAGGGAAGAUCAUUUACGAGAAGAAGCAGGCCACAUAACAGAAAAAGAUGACGAUGCAGAUCACGAACAACUGGAGGACAAAGAAGAAUCUGAACCAGAGGUAAAAGGCGAGAGCGAACCACAAAUUGACCAAACCCCUGACCCGACAUCCUCCUCCCCCGAAGAGGAGAUGAAAGUCAAUGCAGAGGAGAAACUACCAGAGGAAGUAACUACUGACGCUAAAGGUGAUACAGAGGUUGAACCAGAAAAUUUAUCAGGUUCUUCAGAAUCGCCAAAAUCUUCAGACCAAGAAACGAAGAUUGACAGUGAGCUAGAAACGCCCGAACAGGUGACAAGCGAACCCGAAGACGACGAAGACGAAGAUGAAUUUAUUGAACUGCGGCCAGAGCGAGAUGAUGUCCACGCCGCACGAAGGAUGACCUCGAAGGUAACAUCACACCAGCCUACGUUCCAACAAUUCGAUGAUCACAAACCAGCUCAGUCCGACAACCUGAGCUUGGAGGAAGGUGAAGUGACAAGUGCGAAGAUGGAGAAAAACAAAGAAGAUAAAGAUAAGGAAGAACAAAUUGAUAAAGAAAACCCGAAUGACGUUACAGAAAAUGAAAGUAAAACACGAGAGGAGGUUAAGAACACGGUAGACGGCGAAAAUGGAAGAGAGGAAUCGGACUUUAUGAAGCAGGAAGAGGAAAAUAGCAAGAAAGAAAUGUAUUCGAGGGAAAAAGAUAGAGAAAGAGUGCCAGCAGAAGAGGAGGACAUGUCUCUACUGCCGACCCCGAUAAUAAUUAUCAGCACUUCAGAGGAACAGCGAGAACAUAGCGAUGAUGACGACAACGAGGAGAAAACUAGUGAAGAUAUAUCUUGGAAUGACGUGAAGACUCCCGGGAAUUACGUGGAGAUUCCCGAAAUUGAAGAUAAUGAUAUAAAUAAAGAAAAGCGAGAACAGUAUGAAUCUAUGGAAGAUAAAAGAGAAAGUUAUAUGGAAGAUAUUACCGAAGAGAAUGAAGCAGAGACGAAAGAGAUGGAAAGUGAAAUUGAGGAGAAAACUGAUGAUAGAGAGGAAUUUGUAAUGAAAGAAACAGGAAUUGGAGACUCUGAAAUAAAUAGAAGCGAGAAAGAGGAUAGUGAAAGGAUGCAAUGCAUAAAAGACCAUGAAACUGGAAGAACAAAUUUGGACGAAAUCGGUAAAUGUGAACAUAAGGGUAAUAAUGAUGAAACAAAAGAAGACAAAAGAGAAACGAUGGACGAGAGAGACGACAUUAUCCUUGCGGGUGAUGUCGAGUUUCCUACCGAGCAGCGCACUGAACCUGAAGACAUAUUAGAUGGAGAUUGGUCCCUUGUGAAUCAGCUCUCAUUAACUAGUGGGAGCACUAGCGACGGCGAGACGAGUCAUAGACGUGCGGGGUCCCCAGUGAGUGAUGGAGACGAGAGUGGGGAGGGAGGUACUCCAACCUACCUCAAUUAUAUCCAGGACGAUGAUGUCUGCUUAGAAAACCCGGUGUUAAUGUCAGGAGAAGAUUCGGACAUCGUUCACAGCGCCCCGACUCUGGAUACUAUCAGCGAGCAAGAUGAGAGCGAAGAUGAUGAUGAGAGUGGUACUGGAGACAAGAUGCCCUCCAUGUUAAACUCAAAAUUCUCUGCUGGUAUGUCUCAUCUCAACACUAUUGCUGAGGAUGGAACGACGGAUGACACUUCUCAAAUGGAUACAGAGAGUGACUGUGCAAGAGCCGGCGAAAGCAAUUUUGAUUCCAGGGAAGACAGCGAGUUAACUUCAAAAGAAAUAAGAAAAGGAGAAGAAGAAAAAGAGCAAGAAGAGGAAAAUGAGGGUAAGGAACAAUAUGAGGAAGAUGAUGAUGAUGAUGAUGAGGAGGAGGAGGAGGAGGAAGGACAAAGAGAAGAAGCAACGGGAAAGGACAGGAAAGUUUCAAGGCGUCUUAAAAAAGGUCAUAUCUCUAGGGGAAAGAAACUGAACCCUGUGUAUCUGUCAGAAAAUCUACGAAACUUCAACAACCCCAUCAGCUACUUUGGUGGGCCGGACAUCGAGUAUGAUGAGGACAGUGAAGGAAAUAGGUCGAGAACCGAGAGUCUGACAUCAGUGACAUCUCUAGAUUAAACAUUAUGUUGUUAAGUUGGUUAAUAUACUUUCGAAAAUUACCAUUAAGCACACUCUGGUAUACGUUCUCAGUGAAAGUAAACAGAAUGUAUUUAAAAAGUACGAACAUUUUUUUACGUAUAUUUAAGCACUUUUAGGGUUGGUUGAACAUCUCGCCAGCUCUUUCUUCUGAUAAUGAUUAUAUAAAACUGUACAAAGAUAUCACACGUAUUAAUUUCAAAUAAAAGAGUUCAAAUAAAUGUUUCUAGUUAUGAUUUUCUUUAAUACUUUUAGCAGUAUAUUAGUAACACAAAUACUUGAGUUCCGAUGUCACGUUCAUAAAGCUUAUUACUUAUUGACUGAUUACAUUAGUGUUCACAAUGUAAAUAUGUAAUAGUAUGUUGUGAAGUAUUCUUAAAGGUUUAAUUAAGAGACUUCUAGUGGAGAUAAUUAAUUCCUAUGAAUCGUAAAUUUGUUUUACUGGAGUAGUAGACCGGAUGCUGUGUGACUGUAUUUGUGUCCGUCAAAUAAAAAAAUGAAUCAAUA